AUGGCGGAAGGGUGAGCGUAACUGGUAUCGCUGGGAGUGGUGCCUUUGCGACUGGGGUGGGGGAGACCUGGGGGCGAAUGAGGAGGAGGGGCGGGAGGUUGUGCCAGAGCUCCGCCUCGGGACCCCUGGACUGAUUAGGCAGGAAAGAGUACCGCUGGUAAUGCAUAGAGUGCGUUCCUUUGGCCCUGAGUUAGUGUUGUUGGCCCCGCCCCCUCCCUCUUGAGUCUGGGCACUCUUGUUUUGUAGAGGCAGCCCUGGCGGUGGUCGCGAAGCCUGAAGAUGAGGUGUGGGUUUUUCAGGGGAACAGGUUGCGGAGGAGAAAGGUAGGAUUGUACUGUAUAGUAUGGGGGGGUGGCCAGUUUAGGAUUGCUUGGGGGUAGGGCAGCGUUGGCUAUAUUGGGAAGAGAUCUAGGAAUUCGGGGUUAAUAGUGCGGUGAGGCCUCAGAAUUGUCAAAGUGGGCAUAUCUGGGGACAACUGGAAAAGAGGGUCCUGAAAAACAUCUGCUUUAUUACAGCACCUCAAAUGAUGUGUUUGGAUGUGUGGGACUUGGGUUCAGACUCUCUGGCAGCCUUGGGUAAGCCACUGUGUUGCAGUCUGGCCCGUUUUGUAGGUCUGUUGUUAAUAUAUGAGAUUAUUCAUCACUGACUCGCUUUACCUUUCUUGCCAUGUGCAUCUGUUGAGCUGCCUUGUAAGGUAGUGCCUUAGUGUCAGAGAUGGUGGGGGCAUGCAGAUUGAAGUGCAGUUGAUUGCUAUGCAGGGGGUUUAAUGGUUUGAGGAAGGCUUUGAAUCAAAGGUUGCUUGGCCAAGCCCUGCUCUUAGACCACUUGUAUAGUCAUUUAUAUACAGAACUCUAAAGUAGCACUAGAAUAUGUUUGUGGUUAUAGUGUGUUCCAUGAUGAUGUAUUAAUUGUGGCAAACUAAAAAGGCUGUGUGGGAGGAGGGAACCAGUAAAUCCACAUUCUUUCACUACUCCCCAAACUAAAUUAUAUGAUUUAAACAGGUGGCAUAGAAGCCUCUAAUUCACUUGUAUGUCUUUGAGACUGUGUGCUGUAAAAGCCUGAGUGAUUAUUUUGUUCAUACCCUUUUUCAUAGAUUUCUAGUAAAUACUGUAGGAGGCUUGAGUUUGUAUUACAUUUUUUGCAUUGUUCACAUCAUGUUGUAGGAGUUCAAUAAUAUUCCCUUAAACUUAAAUAAGUAUUUAAAUACCUGCUAAGUUGUUAAAGUGCUUUCUAUCUUGGUUGUAAUUGGUUAUUUUGGGAGGUAAUGUUGAGAAAGGGCAAAAGAGAGAGAAGACAGGAGGUGAUGUGUAACAAUUCAUGAGAAAAAUGGGAGCCUUGGUCUGCAGUAGUGCUUGAAAGUGUCGCACAAGUUUUGAAAUCUUUGGAACGUGUGCCUAAGAAUUUAAAUUAUUAUUCUACUUGUGGCAGGAGGAGGCCAAGCCAAGGACACAAGUGUAGUACCGUACUGAUUUUAAGGUGUUUCUGCAUUGGCUCCUGAAAGGGAAGGUCCUGAACUGGGGUUGGAAAAAGAUUCUGUUAACAUUUCAUAGAAAUAAAAGCUGCCGUUGUAGGAUUUGCUGCAGUAGCUGACUGUUCUGCAUUCUUUGUCUUGAGUUUAUUAUGUAAAAUUCCCAAUUUCAGCUUCAUAUGUUUGUCCUGUAAUAGGGAAGAUGGAGGCUGGUGGAGGAGCUGGCUACAGCAAAGCCUUCAGACAGUCAAAGAUAAGGUAGGUGGGUUUGCUUUUUGUCCACUGGUAAACUAGAGAGAGAGGUAAGGUAAAGGUACCCCUGCCCGUAUGGGCCAGUCUUGCCAGACUCUAGGGUUGUGCGCUCAUUUCACUCUAUAGGCCGGGAGCCAGCGCUGUCCGCAGACACUUCCGGGUCACGUGGCCAGCGUGACAAGCUGCAUCUGGCGAGCCAGCGCAGCACACGGAACGCCGUUUACCUUCCCGCUGGUAAGCGGUCCCUAUUUAUCUACUUGCACCCGGAGGUGCUUUCGAACUGCUAGGUUGGCAGGCGCUGGGACCGAACGACGGGAGCGCACCCCGCCACGGGGAUUCGAACCGCCGACCAUGCGAUCGGCAAGUCCUAGGCGCUGAGGUUUUACCCACAGCGCCACCCGCGCUUAGAGAGAGAGAGGAUGUCAAAAAGACACAGCUCAAACUCUGAUAUUUGGCCAUGCUGCCUGAGGCUGGUGGGAGUCCAUCAUGGUCUGGGGGUAUCAAGUUGGCUAUUUCUGAAUUAAUGACUGAUGACUCCCUUUGUAAGAAAAACCUCUUUGCUUAUUAUACUACUUAGUAUUAGGUGCCAAUGAAAGGCCAUGAUCUUUGUGCCCCAGCUUAUGAGCCUUUCUCAGGCACCUGCUUGCUAGCUGUUGGAAAUGAAAUACUGAACUAGUCCUGCCUUCCCCAACCUGGUAUUCUCCAACUGUUUUGGACUACAGCUCAGUCCCACACAGCAUGGCUGUAGGAUCUUGAGGAUGAUGGGAGUUGUAGUUAAAAGCAGCUGGAGGACCCCAGGUUGGGGAAGGCUGAACUAGAUGGACCCACCUUGGCCUGAGCUGCCAGGGUAAUACUUUGGUUCAUUGGAGUAGCAUUCACAUCUCACAGUCACGCUUCAUGUAUCUGUUAUUGGAUUUAAAAAUGCUUGUUUUGGGAUCAGUUGUGAACAUGCUGCUGAAGCCACGUGAGGUGAUUGGAACAAAAGCUGUCAGGUGCUUAUUGUUUUGGAUGUAUGAAUUCUGUUUUCUCCUCCUGAUGGCCACACUCUUAGAUUGAUAAACACUUGGUGUUCUUUGAUUGUUAACCCCCAACCCAGGCUAACUACCACACUCAUUAGAAAUUCAGCCACAGUGUACCCAACAAUAAGUAUAUUCUCCUCUCACUCUGUUGCAGUCCACAGAGGCCUUGGAGUUCAUGAAACGUGACCUGACCGAGUUCACGCAAGUGGUCCAGCAUGACACAGCCUGCACCAUUGCUGCCACUGCCAGUGUGGUCAAGGAGAAGCUGGCUGUGAGUGGGCAUCGAAAACAAAAAUGGAGGGAGAGGCAGGGGCAGGAAUGCAUGUCAUUGGGAAGGUCUGGCAGGUUUUCAUUUGUGUUUGCCAUUUCCCUCUCUCCACAACUUUUUUCAUUAUUCUCUUUGUUGAUUUGGUGUAUCAAGCCCAAAGCAAUCCUAGGCUUUGUGGGAUACUGCCCACUCUGGUUCUUCUGCCUUAGAUUAAUUUUCAUUGUGAAUUUCUUUGUUUUUGUAAAGACGGAAAGUUCCUCGGGUGCGACAGAGAAAGUGAGAAAAGGGCUCUCCAACUUCCUGGGUGUUAUCUCCGACACAUUUGCACCUUCACCAGAUAUGACCAUUGACUGUGACGUCAUAACCUUGAUGGCGACCCCUUCUGGAACAACAGAGUUAUACGACAGUGCCAAGGUGCCUCCAGCCUCUACCCCCAAAAGGUGGCUUCUGUCCCCGCCAUUAAUGUCUUGUGCUCAUAUGCUUCUCCCUGUCUGUCCCCUUCCAGGCUCGGCUGUACAGCCUUCAGUCUGACCCAGCCACCUAUUGCAAUGAACCUGAUGGUAAGUUGGGGGCUGAUUUGGACUGAAAAACCCCACAGUCAGGGAAGUGUUUGGGUGAACUAUCUACCUGGAGGGUGACUGAAGUCCACAACAUGCUGUUUGCUUUCAUAAAGCAAAACCUGAUGGGAUGGCCCAAAUUUUGAAAUGCAGGCCUUGCUAAAAGAAAAAGUAACUUCUAGGUUUGGGGGCUGCAGUAGAAAGGUCUGAAGGAGGUAGGGUGACAGGUUGGGGAUUGGUGCAUGAUGCAGUGGAAGCGUUAUUCUUCAUCAUGGGAGGCUAUUCUCAGAAUUCCUGCUCAGCCACAGGUGGCCUCUGGCAAGUUAGACUUUUUGCAGAUAAUGAGAGAGGGUUUCAAGGUACCUGCUUCUCAUGAAAGCCAAGUUGCACCUUCCCCUCCCCUCUCCUGCUGCUUUCCCCCACUCUCUGCCACUCCCUCUAUCCUCACAGUCUUUUGUACCAGACUGGCAAGGGUGAAGCUACUCUGCCACCUUCAUAGCCUGGAGAGGCAACCAGGAUAGUUUUGCACUCCACUUUCCAGCCAUUAGUGGCUGCACACACAUGCUGGUCUUUUAAGGUCAGAAGAGUCAGUUCUGGCAGGCUGAGACCCUGCCUGCAAUAUAGGCGUGUGGGCAGAAACCAUGGAAACUUGAGCCUAAGAACAGUGUAAUGCAGGGGUGUAGAAGCCUUUUAGGCUAGCUAGCCCAUAUCCUUAUCACCCCAGCCCUGGAGGGCCAUCUUGAACCCCCUAGAUGGACAAGAUUGGCCCACAGUCCAGAGGUUUUACAUCCAUGGCAUAGCCUGACCUCUGCCAUCUGCAGAGUGCCUUAAGAAAGGGCAGGAAUUGUAAACAAAUGUGUGGGAAGUCUCCUGGUGGAUGCCUGCCUGCCAAACCUGCUUUGGGGAUGCCAGCUUGGAGUGUUAAACCUACAUACAGGUGGAGGGUGGGGAGGCAUUUUGUGAAAUUAGUUGAAUCUAUGUAUUGUUGUUGUUUCAUUUGUUCCUUGUCUUAGCCAAAAAAUCUCAAGAUGAUUAAUAAUAAAGAAUACAAUACAAAUUCCAAAAUUAUAUAGGAGAUUCAAAGCACUGAAAGUGAUCAUACUUAAUAAUUUAAGAUAUAGAGGAUUUAAAUAAUCUUGGAAGAAUAUAGAUACGUUAUUUCUACCAUAUGUUUAUGUUUUAUACCUAUGCUAUCUUUUUUCUAUUAGUUUAUGUAUGACUGUAACCUAGUAUGUGUUGAAGAUGAGAUAUAGCAGAAAAGCAUGCAUAUAUAUAUGUGUGUGUGUGUGUGUGUGUGUGUAAUAUAUAUAUAUGUGUGUGUGUGUGUGUGUGUGUACAUACAUAUAUAUGUAUAUGUAUAUGAAUAUGUAUAUAAAAGUAAAAUGGCCAGAGCAGCAAGAAAAGGAGAGGGGGGGAAAUAAUCAUUAUAUAUUUGGGGAAAGAGGCAAGUCUUUAACUGGUGCCAAUAUGAUGUUGAUGUAGGUGUCAGGCAAGUUUCUUUGGGAAGAGAAUUCUGCUGAAGAGGUCCCUUCGUGCCUACUGUUUCUUUGUUUUUCUUGUAUCAUUUACACACACACACAGCCGAAUACUAUCUUGGUGAUGCAAUGUCAUUGUACUGGAGUAAUUUCCCUGUGGGGGGUAUUAAUUUUAUUUACAAAAGAAUGACAAAGCAAAGGAAUGAUAAUGGUUAGGAAAAUCACCCCUCUUCUUUCUAUAACACUAUAAUUUGGGAUGACCCAAUUUGAUUUGGUGGUAGGUUCAGGAAAGGUAAAAGGAAUCAGCAGUUUUACACAAGGUAUAAUUAACUUUUGAGAUUUACUGUCGCUAAACAUGGGGUACCUAUAUUGUAAAGGGCUUUAAAGAAAAGGAUUGAACAAAUUCAUGGUUGCAUGAUCUCUCAACAGCAUUGAGGCCAAAUGAACAUAGUUAAAGGAACUUUUCGUGUGCAGAGGCGCUGCUUAUAUUAUGGGGAUGGGGCCAAAGGGGGGCUGCCCCUUUUACUUUUUGUCAUGGCACCCUUAGGUACUGUCUUCAGAAAGCAUAUUCCACUAAAGCCAGGAAGGUGUGGAUGUGUCAAUGUCCAGACCUUGAGAAUUUCAAUGUGUCUAAUCUUCCAACCCCCACCCUCCAUUUGAGCUCUCUGUGAUAUAUCUCUGUCUAUAAGCCUCUCUCAAAUAGCAGACUUACUGAAAUCAAGGCUUCUCAUCCACGGCUAUAGUUCCACAGUUAAGCAGGCUGUGCUUUAUCUCUUAGUCCAUGUCACUUCGUUUACACUGCCAAAGUAGCUUUAUCUCACAAGCAGCAGUGUGGCAGGAAUCCCGUUGUCAUAAUCACACACAGCACAGCAUACAUUACAGGAAAAACAAGUUAACGUAAUUUUCACCACUGCCUCCUUGAGCGACUGCAGUCUGUCAUGGUGUAGCGCUGGUUUUGGUUUGUUAUCCAACAAACUUUGGCCAUUUAAGAACAUAAGAGCCUGCUGGAUCAGGCCAGUUGCCCAUCUGAUGUGGCAUCUUGUUCUCACAGUGACAAAACAGAUGGCUGUAGGAAGCAUACAAGGAUGACAGACUUGAGUGCAACAGCACUCUCCCCUCCAGUGUUUUCCAGUAACUGGUAUUCAGAAGUAUACUGCCUCCAGCAGUGGAGUAGAACAUGGCCCUCUUGGUUAGUAGCUGUUGUGGGCUUUAUCCAUGAAUUUGUGUGAUCCUCUUUUAAAGCCAUCCAAGAGCCAUCACUGCCUCUUGGGGGAGCAAAUUUUAUAUAUGCUUUUUGGAAAAGUACUUUUGUUUCUCCUGAAUCUUCUAACAUUCAGCUUCAUCAAAGGUCCCUGAGUUCUAGUGUUAUGAGAGAGGGUCAAAAACCUUUCUCUGUCCACUUUCUGCACACCAUGCAUAAUUUUGUUAUUUAUUUAUUAGAUUUGUGUACGGCCCUUCCUCUGAAGGUCACAGGGCAGUUCGUAACACGAUACAAAGUGAAAACGCAAAAUACAUAAUACAACCAACAAACACGUUUAAAAAGUUAUAGAAUGAUAAUCAGCCAAAUGCCUAGUUGAAGAGAAAUGUUUUUACCUGGCACCUAAAGAUAAUGUAAUGAAGGUGCCAGGCAAACCUCCUUAGAGAGGGCAUUCCAGAAACAGGGAGCCAUGACAGUAAGGCCCAUGCUCAUGUUGCUACCUUCCAGAUUUCUUUAACAAUACUUUCCACCAGUCUUCCUGGGAAAGAUGUUAAGCUAACCAGACUGCAAUUUUCCAGGAUCCCCCUUGGUUCCCAUUUCAAAAAUUGUUGUUACGUUGGUCACUUUCUAGUCCUCGGGUAUGGAAGCUGAUUGUACCACUUCCACUGUGAUAUGGUGGUGUUCUUCUAUCCUCUGCAGUGUUGGUUUCUAUUUCCCUCACUGAGCAGCAACUGCAGUCACAAGACAUUGUUUUACAUUCCACAGUCUGUACUGUUGGAGUUUCUCACGGGAAAGGGAGACUGGAUGUGACGUACACUGGUUUCCUGUUUUUUCACUGUGUGAUUCUCUCCAAGCUGUCGAGGAGAGAGGAUGCAUUUCUCUGCUCCUGCAGAGGCAAGAUGUCUUUCUGUAAUAUACCAGCUUUGAACUGUAAAUAAAGCAAUAUAGCAAUAUAGAGUAUGUAUCACGUAUUCCUCAUCCUUCCGCUGGGCACGACAGACUCUGCUUAAAUCAACACGUGGUUAUGGACUCCAGAGGUCGAAUCGGAGUGCCGGCAAAGGAUCGGAAUGCAGAGGGACGGAUCGGAAAGGAAUCUGCUCUGCGCGUAGAAGUGAUUGAUGAGGUAUGUGCUACUGCUCCGGGCAGCCUGCCAGCUUCAAGUUAAUGGCUUUAUGGCUGGACUUUGAACUUUUAAAGCCGGUUUUGCUGGGAAUAGGCAAAAGGCUCCCAGGCACAAGUCACUAUGCUGGGGAAAUCGAAAGUAACUUUUAAGUGUGCCUUUGUAAUCAAGCAGCUGCAGCAGUGACGCAGCAAGAUUUAAAGCAGCAAAUGACGCUGAAGGCUAAUGCCAGAGUCAUGAUGGCCCUUCAGGAUGCUUGUGGGAUUCCUAAGCUCAACAAGAAAAAUUAUAGCGACUGGGUUCAGUAUGCAGAGGCAAUUCUGCGGAAAGAGGUUUGUUUGAGGUGAUUACAGGAACCCCCCCAGUUCCAGUUACAGAUGCAUGGCAAGCUAAGGAUUCCAAAGCAAGGGGAACUCUUACAUUGAUAGUAUCCCCAGAAGAGCUCUGUCUAUUGCGUGAUAAGACCUCAGCCAGAGAAGUUUGGGACGCUCUGAGAGAGGCUCACUUAAGGACAGAAGCUGGAUCAACUAUGUUUUACUUUAACAAGCUGCAUAAUAUGGCUCUUGCUGAAGGUGGAGAUGUGCGUUUACAUCUGAUGCAGAUGCAAAAUCUCAGACAUGAGCUGCAACAGAGAGGACUCAACUUUCCAGAGGCUGUGUAUUCUUUCAUGAUACUACAAUCUUUGGGUUCAGGUUGGGAGUCUGUUGCAACCCAGAUUGCUGUGCAACCAACUGCUCAGCUGACAGUGGACUUUGUUACUGCCGUGAUUUUAAAUGAAGCAGAUCGCCGGGGUGCUAGCUGCUUGGGCACGGGGGAGUCUUCACAGACGUCAUCCCAUAGUGCAGUGGAACCACCAGAUGGCGCCAGAGCUUUGAAGGCAGUGAAAUGCUACUCGUGUGGACGUCUAGGCCAUAUGAAGAGGGAAUGCAGACAUCCCAGGGCCAAGACAGAGCAGCGCAGCGAAGCUCAUUGCGCGGAAAAGGCCGAGGCAAAGGCAAAGGUCCGGUGUCUAGGACAACGCAGCACAAGGCUAUGGUUUCACGCUUCACUCCAAAGGUUGCAGAGGUCCAGAAGACGUCUAGAUCUUUCUUCGUUGUUGAUUCAGCGGCCACCCACCACAUGUGCAACGAUAAGAAACUGUUUGUGUCUUUUACACCGCAGGAAGGUGCGAUUCACCAGGCGGAUGACCACACUAUUCCUAGUAAAGGCUACGGAACUGUUGUUCUUCACAGUUUGGACUUAUCGAUACAGAAUGUGCUUUACGUGCCAGAAGCCAAACAUAAUCUGCUCAGCGUUGGACAGCUGAAUGAGUGGAACAUUGACGUUUCCUUCAAGAACAAGAAGUGCAUCAUCACAAAGAAAAAUGAUUAUGUAUUGCAUGCAGAAUAUGUUGAUCAUUUGUUUGUUUUGUAUUAUGAUGAUGUGGUGCAGGAUGACACUUGUUGCAUUGCAGGUUCUAACAAAAGUUUGCAUGCAGAAUGUAUUCACGAUUUUCAUCGAAAAUUUGGUCAUUUGCAUUUUGAGGCAGUAUCUAAAAUGCCUGCCUUGGUUGAAGGUAUGACAAUUAAACCCUGCAGGUACCACAUGAAGUGCAAAGCAUGCGCAGCAAACAAGGUGAAAAUGGCUGCGAAAGGUAAGGUGUCUAGUAGGAAAGCUACAGAACCAUACCAGGUUGUUCAUGCUGAUUUGGUUGGACCACUAACGCCCUCUUUGGGUGGAAAUAGAUACUUCAUGGUUCUCAUUGAUGCAUUUUCUAGAUAUAUUUUUGUGUACAAUCUCAAGCAGAAAUCGGAGGCUUUUCCUAGGUUCAAGGAAUUCUGUGCUUGGUUGGGAAAUGUGCAUGGUAAGAAGAUAAAGACUCUUUUCAGUGAUCGCGGGGGGGAAUUCACUUCUCAGCAGUUUGAAGCUUUUCUGACUGAGAAAGGAAUUCAACACGAUUUGUCUAGUCCUCGCUCGCCAUGGCAGAAUGGACUUGCGGAACGGGCAAAUCAGACAUUGCUUCAAGGAUUAAAAACCUUGCUGCAUGAUGCCAAUCUUCCAGAGAGUUAUUGGGCCGAAUCUCUCUCGUGUUUUGUUUACAGUUACAAUCGCAGGCUAUCUUCAGCGAUUGGUUGUACCCCCUAUGAGAAGAUGUUUGGCAAGAAGCCAUACAUCAAACACAUGAAGAUUUUUGGUUCUGACAUGUGGGUUCGCUCACCACAAAACUCCAAGUUAGACAAGCGUGGAUUGCAUGGUAUCUUUCUAGGUUAUCAGAAAGGGUCUUACAGAAUAAUGAUGACUGACUCUAAGACAAUUAAGCUCACGAGAAGUGUUGAGUACAAUGCAAAGUGGGGGGGAAUGUGGGACUGGUCCAAUGUUAUCCUGAUGACGGUGAUGAGACUGAGGAUAGUCAAAAGCAACCACAACAACCCACACCCACAGAUGAAGGUUCUGAGUCUGAAUCUGAAACUGAAUCGGGUGAUUCAGAGGAUUUCAAGAGUGCGAAAGCCUCUAUGCGACCCUCUGAAAGCUCUGAUCAAGAAUUGGAGGAACCAUUGUUCACAAUAGGUCGUUUUUCUCCUAAGAAGGAAGAGGAGAGUGUUGAAGACUUAAGGCUAAUUCGUAGGUCACAGAGAGCCACAAAAGGCAAACCUCCAAAGAGAUUUGCUGAUGAGUUUGCUACGAUAGCAGUAACAGCUGUUAAAAGCUCCAAGAAGGUAUUUGAACCUUCAAGUUUCCAAGAAAUCCAGGGUUUGGAUUCGAAGGAAGCUGAGCCAUGGUUAAAUGCCAUGAAGGCUGAGCUUGAUUCCUUAGAAAGGAACAAAACAUGGGAGCUAGUUCCAGUAGUUCCAGGAAUGAAACUGCUUGGAAGCAAAUGGGUCUUCAAAGCGAAGACAGAUCAAAAUGGCAAGAUAGUCAGACACAAAGCCAGAUUGGUAGCCAGAGGUUUUGCACAGGUACCAGGUGAAGACUAUCACGAGACCUAUUCACCCACAGUGAGAUAUGAAAGCAUUAGGCUUAUGCUUAAGCUAGCUGCAGAGGAAAAUCUACACAUUAGUCACCAUGAUAUUAAUACAGCUUUUCUGUACGGAUCUCUAGAUGAAUCACUUUAUAUGCUUCCACCUGAUGGCGUACAGGUAAAACAGGGAUUUGUUUGUGCUCUGAAGAAAUCCCUUUAUGGUCUCAAACAAAGUGCACGGUGUUGGCACACAAAACUCACUGAAGUAUUGUUUUCUCUAGGUUUUCAGCAAGGGAAAGCUGAUCCAUGUGUAUUUGUCAAAGAGGAGGGGCAAAGAAACUGUACUGUUUGUUUUAUGUUGAUGAUUUAUUAUUCUUUUGGAAAGAUGUCGCAAUGUACAAUAACGCCCUAGCUCAACUGAAAGAGCACUUUGACAUGAAAGAUCUUGGUGAGGUAAACAACUACCUAUCUCUGGAAAUAGAGAGAGAUCAAGAUGGUAACAUUCUAGUACACCAGUCACGGAAAAUUGCUGAUGUGUUAAGCAAACUAAAUCUGAUGGAUGCUAACCCUGUAGACACACCGAUGACAACAGGUUAUCAGGUAGAUGACACUGAAGAAGCAUUUUCUGACACUACACUGUACAGGAGUGUGCUAGGCAAGCUAAACUUCAUUGCCAGAUGUUCAAGACCAGACAUUGCUGUUAGCUGUAAUUUGCUAAGCAGACAAGUCAACAAUCCUAGUGUCAAGGAUUGGAAAGCUCUGAAGCGCAUAGCGCGGUAUUUGAAAGGCACUAUGCAUUACAGACUGAGAUUUAACAAUCAGAAGUCUGGUGGUCUUGAGAUAUUUGCAGAUGCAAGUUUUGGAAGUGACGCUACAGACAGGAAAAGUACGUCUGGAGUUUGCUACAUGUACAAUCAGAGUCUGUUUGAUUGGUCAUGCAAGAAGCAAACAACAGUUAGCUUAAAUACUUGUGAAGCCGAACUGAAUGCACUGUCUUAUUCACUUAAGGAUUGUGAAUGGUUAGUACAAUUGUGCAAAGAUAUGAAAAUUCCUGUCAAAUGUCCAAUCCAGGUUUACCAGGACAACAAAGCAUGUUUGGCUUUGCUGAAGUCUGAAGGUUAUAAGCAAAGCACAAAGCACUUGCAAUUAAAGUUGCAGCAUGCUAGGGAAUGUAUUCAGAAGGGACUCAGUAACGGUGUCCUAUAUGCCAGGUAAUGAAAUUCCUGCUGAUGUAUUGUCCAAGAUUGUAUCAAGGGAUCAACACUGUACCUAUGUGCAGAAGUUGGGUUUGUACUGAUAUUGUGCAAACACGCUGCCCAGUGAUGUUCACAGAAAGGGGAGGAUGUUGGUUUCUAUUUCCCUCACUGAGCAGCAACUGCAGUCACAAGACAUUGUUUUACAUUCCACAGUCUGUACUGUUGGAGUUUCUCACGGGAAAGGGAGACUGGAUGUGACGUACACUGGUUUCCUGUUUUUUCACUGUGUGAUUCUCUCCAAGCUGUCGAGGAGAGAGGAUGCAUUUCUCUGCUCCUGCAGAGGCAAGAUGUCUUUCUGUAAUAUACCAGCUUUGAACUGUAAAUAAAGCAAUAUAGCAAUAUAGAGUAUGUAUCACGUAUUCCUCAUCCUUCCGCUGGGCACGACAGACUCUGCUACCUUCCAGAUUUCUUUAACAAUACUUUCCACCAGUCUUCCUGGGAAAGAUGUUAAGCUAACCAGACUGCAAUUUUCCAGGAUCCCCCUUGGUUCCCAUUUCAAAAAUUGGUGUUACGUUGGUCACUUUCUAGUCCUCGGGUAUGGAAGCUGAUUGUACCACUUCCACUGUGAUAUGGUGGUGUUUCUUCUAUCCUCUGCAGGACCCUCUCAGCUCUUUGAAGCCUGGCUAUUGCACUUCAACCUAGAGGAGAAGAAAGGGGAGAUCUCGGAGCUGCUGGUGAACAGCCCUUCCAUCCGCUCUCUCUACUCCAAGAUGGUAAGGUGGUGCAGUGUGGCUUAGUCCCUUGAUCUUCUGGGUCUUGUUUUCAAACAGUUGCUCUAGAAGUUAGUUGCUCACAUUUAUCUGUGGGGUGGUGCUGUUCUCUAUUCUGAAGGAAGAGGCAGGGCUCCAGAACAUGUCCAUUGCAAUUCCUGUGUAAUGCUUUUGAAUGCAGAAAAUUUGGUUCCUAACAGAAGAUUCUAGGGAGCAGCAGUGUCUUAAAAUCCUAGGGGUUUCUUCUCUUACAUCUUACAGACGUAAUCUCUCCACCCAUAAUUCCCUACACACAUUCAGCCAUGCAGUCUGUCUUAUUAGAGUCCCCCCAGUGGGAGGAGUCUCUGUAUAUGCAUGCAGGGCCUGUCUCACACUUGGUGUUGAUGGGGCUAUGGAGUGCAACCCCACAACUGCCUUGCUCUCCUGGGUGAACCUAUGAGGGGGUUUUGUGUACUCCCCUAAUGUGAUUCUGGUUUAAGACAACUGUAUCCACUGCAUCCCUGUUCAUCCUUCUGUUUCCUUCUAUUGACAUCAGGUGCCAGUGGCUGUGUCCCAUUCUGAAUUCUGGCAACGCUACUUCUACAAAGUCCAUCAGCUGGAGCAGGUGAGUUUGUAGAGGUUAUCUCUGGGAGCGACUGAGACAGAGUCAGUUUUUCUCCAUUGCAGGAUGCAGUAAGGGGCAACACAAGGGUGUUUGAAGGAGGGUGCAACAGUGUCUUUCCAGGACAGUCUUCUAAGUCACAUUUCCAGAGAGAGGCUCUAAGUUCAGGGAAAGAUGCUUAUAGGCCUUUCUCAUGAGAGCCAGUGUGGUGUAGUGGUUAAGAGCGGUAGUCUCGUAAUCUGGGGAACCGGGUUCAUGUCUCCGCUCCUCCACAUGCAGCUGCUGGGUGACCUUGGGCCAGUCACACUUCUUUGAAGUCUCACAGCCCCACUCACCUCACAGAGUGUUUGUUGUGGGGGAGGAAGGGAAAGGAGAAUGUUAGCCGCUUUGAGACUCCUGAAGGGGAGUGAAAGGCGGGAUAUCAAAUCCAAACUCCUCCUCCUCCUCCUCCUCCUCCUCCUCCUCCUCCUCUUCUUCUUCUUCUUCUUCUUCUUCUUCUUCUUCUUCUUCUUCUUCUUCUUCAUGUGCACCUGUGGGCACACAGAGUGGCUCAUUCCUCAUCCCUUAAUGCAGCUUGCUUGCCAAGCCCUUCCUGUCUUUUUUCCUGAAGCAGACAGUGUGUCACUUAGCAUUCAGUUGCACUGUGGAACAGCAGAAAUGUCCUAGACUUGUAGUAUUCUUUGAGAUUCUGGCCUACUCAGUUUGGGGGGUGGGAAGUGGUAAGAGAGUGCUGCUGCUUCAGACUACAGGAAUCAUGCUCUUAUGAAGAGACUGGAGCAGUUGGAAGAAUCAAGCAUGCAAGUGGUAAGGCGGCAUAUGUGGUCACAUUUCAAAUGACUUGGUAGUCUAGAUGCAAAGUGCAGCUUGAACUAAGGAGAAGUGGAAGGAGUGGCUGUUUUGUAUGGUGAGGGAUUGUUUGUUAGCAGGAAAUUCUUUGCUUGUGCCAAGACAUUUUAAAGUCAAGCCUUUGUUAGCCCAAGACUUGUCAGCCUGCCAGAAUCAUGAGCAAUGAACAUCAACUGGUAAACCUGCAGAUGAGGGUUUACACUCAGGCCUAUGGGGUUCCUGUUGAUCUGUUCUGAUGCUCAGGUGAGGACUUUCCAUAGUACCUUCCAGGGGGCUGAGGGCUUGCCUUGAGGCCUGGCCCCAGAAGCUUCUGUCCUACUCUUGGGCAUGUCCCUUUGGUUUAGCUCUAUAAGUAUUUCCUCUCUUCCCCUUCCUUGCCACCUUCCUUCCCAUGUGCAGCUGUCAGAAAUCUUUUCUCACCCAGGAGUAUGAGCUCUUGAACUCUGCCUGCAGGGGUAGUCUUGUGCCCUCUCCCUGGUCAGCAGGUGAGCAACUUCUGACAGCCAUCUGAAUUCCUUUCUGUCCCAGGAGGAGGUCCGGAGAGAGGUUUUGAAGCAGCGGGCAGAACAAAGUGUUCAUUCAGAGGAGCCAGGCUGGGAAGAGGAAGAAGGUUAGUGAACAGAAAUUGCUUCCCAGCUGGGCAAGAUGCCUGGAGGGGUCUUCUGGCCCUUUUGUUUAUAGUUUCCUGCACUUUAUGCACAAUUUAUUUAUUGAAAAGAUGCCUACUGCAUCUUUCCACUAAUACCUUUUGGGGAAACUUCCAUGCCAAAUUAAAACCAUGCAAGGAUAAAAUACAAAAUAAAACUCAGAUCAACCUCGGAAGAGCAUCUGCCUUGAGAACAAAUACAAUGACUAAACCACUCAUGCUUUUUAUCUCCAGAAAUUGGGACAAUAGAGAAGAAUUCACUUGGUGCCUAAAAGAAUAGUAAAGGGGAAGGGCCUUCCAUCAUUUUGGUGCAAUGGUAGAAAAGGUCUUGUCUUUGGUAGCCACCUGUGUAACCCCUGAAGGUGGAGUUAAUUGAAGCAAGGCCUCAGCUGAUGAAUUCAGGACAUGAGCAGAUCUAUUUGACAGGUGACAGUUCUUCAGGUAACCAGUUCCCAGGUCAUUCAGGCCUCCACAUAGUUGAGAACCAGCAUUUUGAAAUCUUCUUGGAGACAGAUUUGGAAUUGGUGUGUUUUCUUUAGGCCGAAAGUUGCAAUAUUGGCUGCCUCCUUAGCAGCUGGGCUUGUUUUGGCUAUUUAAACAUGGUGAGGGCCACUGUUUGCUCCUUUCCUGAUGGAGUCUGCAAACAUGCUCUAGCCCCCUAAAGUUUUGCUCUACGUUGCAGUGCAAGAGUGGGUUUUUCUAGGCAAGUUGCCCAUCCUCCUCUUAACUGUUUCUGUUUGGGGAUUCCCAGGUUAGUCUGCCUUGAUGGUUAACAUAGCCUUAUUGGUGUACAGAGUAACAUAAGCCACACAUAUAUAUAUAUAAAGAUGGGGCCCUCACCUGAAAUUUCACUAAUGAAUGCAGAUGAAGUUUUUGCUUGUCUUAUUGCACAAAAAAAAAUCUUAGGAGCUGUUUUGCUUAGCAGUGUUACAAUUUUUGGACAUUUGUAAAGCUUGGGAGAAAGGGAGAAAAAAUUCCAGGCAUCCUGGCAGGGGGAAAUUAAAUGGCUUAUUGCCUGGUAGUGCCCUCAUUGCUAAGAAAUAACACGCCAGGAAGUACAAAAGAGAAGGGCAGGGGAGAGAAACCUUCUCUUUGUAGGGAAACUCUGGCAUUAUUAGUAUUCAGAAGGCUGUAAGGAAAACUUCCUGAUCAGUCUUUCCCUUACCAAGUCAGAGGGGAAAGCAAGAAUUUCCCCCUGCUUGUUUCCCACUGCUCAUUUUCCCCUGCUUAUGAAUGUCAUCAGUGACACAUUCACUCACCCAUUUUGCCUCACUCUCUCCCCUCUUCUACCGCAGAGGAAUUCCUUGGGUCAUCCUCCUCCCAGUCUAACGUCUGCUCGCAAUCUCCCCAAGAGGUGAAGCCAGCUUCCCCCACCUCUGCAGCAGUGCUCACUCCGACCCUAGAGGCAUCGGUGGAAAGCUGGGCUAUGUUGGGCACUGCCCCGGCAGAGGUGACUCCAUCUGAAAGCAGCGAAAGCAUCUCUUUGGUGACUCAGGUUGCAAACCCUGCUGCUGCUGCUGCACCUGCUGCUGCUGCUUCACCUGCUGUGCCCUUACAGACUGGAGCCCAGCUCUCUGGGGCAGGGGACAUCUCUCAGAGGCUGCAGGAAGCUACCGCAGAGGAGCAGACCUCACUCGCAAAGCCAGCGGAGCCUGCACAUCCUUCCCCAGCUGCUCCAGAGGCAAAGCCUUCCCCAAAGCAACCCAAGGAGCAAGUGGAGGCCAAGCCAGUGAGCAGGACAGAGACUCUGCGAGAGGACGGGCCAAUGGAUCUGCGACUCUUUGAACUCAACUCCGACAGCGGGAAAUCCACGCCCUCCAACAAUGGGAAAAAAGGUGGGUAGCCUGGACAGUGCUCAGUGAGCCAAACCUCUGCCCUCUGUAAAUGUCCAUUAGCAUGUGGAAAGUUACCCAUUUGCAAGCCCCUCUUGACCCUUGACAGCUCUGGAACAACACCCAUUUCCAUGUUGGUGUGGUCUGGCUACCAAGGUGUGGAUGCCGCACAGCCUUGAGUGCAUUUGUUGUUGUUUAGUGAUUUACUUCCUGCUGUGGCAUUUGUGGUACAUCAAAAGCCUUGAGCAACGCCUCUGUUGUUCUUUUCAUUUCAGGCUCUAGCACAGAUAUUAGUGAGGAUUGGGAAAAGGACUUUGACCUGGACAUGACUGAAGAAGAGGUGCAGUUGGCCCUCUCCAAGGUGGACAUCUCUGGGGAGGUGAGUCCUUGCAGGCAGCCAGGUCCAGAAGACUGUCCCUGGGGUUCUUGGGAUGGUUGCAGAACAUAUUACAAAGGCUUUUUGAAAAAAGGCUGCUGUUUGGUCACUGGCUUACUCCCAGGAAAGGGUUGUAGGGUUGCAGCCUAAGAAGGCUUUCAGAAGAGACAAUGAGGACCUUAUUUUUCUUUAUUUUGUUGCUCACACCUUUGUGAUACUGUGACACUAACAUGUACAUGACUUGUGUUGGACACAGGCGUGUCCUUGUGCUCCAGAAAAAAUGCCAUGCUUGCUCUUUUGUAGAAGGGGAGCAGCCAGGCACUGAGGAGGAGGAAGAGGAGGACUAUCUUAAUGCUUUAGUUCUCUCUCUGGCAAGACUGCUGACUGGGAUCCAAUCAUUUGUAUCUUCAAGGCCACAUCUAUUUUAGCUGAUUUUGGGGGAACCACUUGAAGCAUCUGUUGGGUUGAGCUAUUUCAAUUACAUUUGUGUGAUUUCCUCAUUGCCAACAGCUGAAAGUCUGUAAAAUUUUGAUAAUAAACCUGAUUUGGAUUGGGGGCUGAAUAAUUUUGAUUGCAACUGUAUAUAUGGAUUCUAGUCUCAGGUUUUAAUAGUGUUUCAGCAGCACAUAGACUGGAUUGCCUGGUUGGUUCUUUGCAAGGCAAAGGAUCAAUCAACGUAAAAUGCUUUAAUUUGCUGGCAGCUCUUGGUCUAAUCCCGUGCACAAUCAUUGUGUGACCUCGGUCAGUGCUUGCUCUUUGUCCCUUUGUAACAUCCUACCUUAAAACACCUUUCUUCUUGUGCUCCCUCCCUCUCCUACUGCAGAUGGAAGAUGAAGAAUGGGAAGACUGGGAAUAA